AUGUCGAGCUUCGAACCUUUUGGAAUUGUACUUCACGCAAUCCCCAUUCUCAUUGCAGGCGCAGAGCUAUGUCGUGAUGGCUAUGGCAAGGGCAAGCUCGCAUUCCGCAAGCGAAAAUAUGUCGAGAAGCUGGCGAGGUCUCUGCUACUACAUCAGCAAACGUUGUUGGAAACAAUUCGUCUCAUCAUCACGCGAAGUGGCUACGGUUACGACGAGAAAGUGGUUCUCAGCGGAGACUCUCUUGCAUAUUUCAGGGACGACGACGUCCAGGCUCAGGUGGAGGCCUUUCUCGGGGACGAUAACUAUAGAGCAUUGACCGGAAGAGUGCUGGAUAUCCAGGGCAUCUUGGAAGAAGUGGCCAAGCAUUUGGACGGUCUGAUACCCUCACACAAGGAUGACCCAUCAGAUCUCAUCGGAAUCAUAGAAGCAAAUCAGACGGCAAAGAAACACAAGGCAGACAUCAUUCCUCGGCUCAAGGUUGCCUUGAAGAGCGACGCCAUAAAACAGAGCAUCAGCGAGCUAGACACUGCCACCAGCACGCUCCAUACAUUUUCGCAAACCGUACUGAUGAAUCGAGAUGGGCCCUUCAGCUCACUAGUAUCAUCCAGCAACAUGAGACUUGCCAAAGCAUUCCGCCGUAUUCAAAGUGCUUCAAAGAACCUAUACACGGCCCUCUGUCGUUGCUGCACUGGAACAUGCCAUAACGAGCAUAACGUGCACGUCUUUCUUGAAGACCGAGUCGACGUGGCAUCUAGACUUCUUCGCUCUACCAAACAGAUGAGUGAUGAGGAAAGGGCGAUCUUGGCCUUUCAGCUGAUUUUCGCCGCAAAGAUUCUUGCUCCCAUCCAAACGAGAUGCCAUGAGCUCUCCGUCAAGUAUAUGCAGGAAGAUGAGAGCGAUGCGAGCCCUCAAGAACUGGUACCAACGCUUUCACGAGUGAGAGUCUCUGGACAACAUCGCGUGGAAGUCAAGGAUUCCGACCCGUUACGAUCGAAGUUUGUCCCUAUAGACAACUUUUGCUCGGCUAUUGUAACGGCUCAUGAGGAGGCACAACGUGUUGCCUUUAUCCUACAUGCGAGCAAUAGAAUGGGCCUCAUCACCUCCAAGGAGCAGACGGUAAUCCUGAAGAACAAUUACCAAACCAUUUCUCUCCGAGAAAUUCUGUCGGAAACUUCCGGGGCAUAUGGUGCAAGGCUUCCCCUACAAUCAGCCAUGCUACUCGCCUCGAAACUCGCCUCAAGCUUACUUCAAUAUGCUCAAACACGGUGGUUCGGCCAAGCGUGGUCCAAAGACUCGAUAUCAUUCCUAUUACACCCCGAGAGUGAGCGGAAACGAUCGCUUGCAGACUUUGACCGACCUUUCGUUUGCGCAAAGAUCGAGGACACGGAUGCGAACGGAGUGAAUACCGCCGAACCCAAGUCUACCCUCCUGGAACUCGGCAUCUUGCUCCUCGAGAUAUGGCAUCAGACCACAUUGGAGCAUCGCUUUGCCGGUGUGACAAAUCAGAUUUCAUCAGAUUACUUCACGAGAUUGUCUCUUGCUGCUCAGUGGCUAGACGAUGACUAUAACACGCUAUUACCGUUAUACGAACAAGCCGUGAGAUAUUGCGUCUACGGGGCAUCUAUGAAACGCUGGACGGAGUGGAAUACAAACGAGUUGUGGGGGGAGAUAUGUAAAGAGGUCAUUCAACCUCUAUCAGACAACUGUGGGCAAUGGAAAGGGCGUCCUGCGGCAUGUUCAAAGUAG